UAAGGUUGCAAUCGUUUCAUUUGUAAAGUUAAUCGGGCUUUGAUUGGGGUUUAUGGUAAACAUGCAUUUUGGAAAGUUAAAUAUUUUGCUACUAGUUCUGGUCUUCUCAUUAGACUUUGUAAGAUGUGAAGAAAACUAUGACGCUGCAAUCGAUGAUGACGCUGAUGAAGGAGUCGAUGAUGACGCAGGGGUCGCAGACGAUGUUGGCGGAGAUUUAGCCGCUGCAAAUGAUGGUGAUGCGGUGGCAGAUGACGACGCAGUUAAUGUUGAUCCCAAGACAAAUUUUCCCAUAAAUGGGGAUAUAAUUGAAGCUGAAAGUGUAGAUCCUGUAGAUCUUUAUCCAGGAAUGAAAGAUCCUAAUCCAGCGCACACAUGUGUACCCGGAACACAUUUCAUGAUCGAAUGCAACUAUUGCUUUUGCUACAAACCAAAUAUACAAAGCUGUACCUUUAUGUCAUGCAGAGGAUUUGAUAAAAAGAAGACACUGACAAGCAAUCCGGCCAAAAGACUAGCAUUCAAGAGGUUGCGCACGCCGCGCCGCAUAUGCGGUGUCGCGACGCCGGACGCGGUAUCGCACGCGGCGGGCAAACCGCUCGGCGGCACCGCGGGCCGCCGCCGCACGCCGCACGGCGGUGCCGUUGAGCGGCACCGCUAA